AUGAACGGAACAACCAUCCUGACCCUCUCCCUGGUCCCAGUCCUCUUCUUCGCCCUCUGGCAUAUCACGGCGGCCAGCGUCCCCCCAAUCCCGCAGUCGAUGCGCAACAAGCGAAUCAUCCUCCUCAUAGCCCACCCCGACGAUGAGUCCAUGUUCUUCAACCCGACGCUCCAAGCGCUCACACACCCCUCGUUACAAAACCACCUGAAGAUUCUCUGCAUGUCCACGGGCAACGCCGACGGCAUUGGCGACAAGCGGCGCCUUGAGCUCGAAAAGGCCGCGGUUCAGCUCGGCCUCCGACGCCGAGAGGAUGUCUACGUCCUUGACGACGAGCGCUUCCAGGACGGCAUGGACCAGGUCUGGAAACCCGAGGACAUAGUGCGCGUUCUCGCCAGUGCCUUUGCGCCUCAUCUGAACACCACCCCCAGUUCACAAUCACCGGCAGCAGUGGCGUCAUCUACAUCUACGUCUACACCGUCCAAGGACAAGGACAAGGACAAGGACAAACGGAAAUCGAAGGCUCCAUCAUCCAAGACGACAAAGCAGCCAUCUUCCACGUCCUCCGUGUCCACCUCCAACCCUAGCGCGCCCGCCGGACCGCUGGCCAGCAUAGACGUCCUCAUCACGUUCGAUGACCAUGGCAUAUCCAAUCACCCGAACCACAUCGCGCUCUUCCACGGUGCGAAGCUUUUCCUGGAGCGCAUCAUGCACGGUCACAGCGGCUACGCAUGCCCUGUUUCUCUGUAUACCCUGCCGACCGUCAACAUCGUGCGCAAGUACAGCUUUAUCCUCGACGCCGUGCCCACCAUGCUCUCCGGUAUUUACGGCGCCGUUUUCUCCAACAUCUCUGGCAUGGUCUCUCGAUCGACGUCCGGCCGCGGGAGUGCGCUCGGAACGGCCUCUCGUGGAAGUGGCGCGGCGCACAGAGACAACCCAGGCCUGUUGGUCUUUGUGAAUGACAUCCCCCGCUAUUGGCGGGCUCGCGCUGCCAUGACUCAAGGCCACGCAAGCCAGAUGGUGUGGUUCCGGUGGGGAUGGAUUGGGCUGGGACGCUAUAUGGUCGUGAACGAUCUGAAGGCGGAAAAGAUUGUAGGAACGUAA